CCGGCCAUGUACAUGAUACUGCAGGAGAAGUGACGGAUAUAGAUACCAUCUAUAAACAAUAUUAAUUUAAUCGAAGGAAUGGAUAUGAAAUCGUUUUUAUUCCGUUUAAUUUUUACUUAUUCUAUAGUCGAUUAUGUGUGGGGUCAGACCCCCCAGCCUCUUGGGUGUGAUAUCGGGUGGGACCAGUACGGAACUAACUGCUACCUGUUCAUCGCGGACAAGUGGGUCACGUACGACCAGACCAUCUCCGAGUGCAAUAAGUACGACUCCUCGCCCAUCUGGUUUGAUACACAGGACGAACUCACGUGGGUUAAAGGAAAGUUCAAUACGUACCCUUCCGGUGCCUACUGGACAAACCUGAAUGACCGGCCUCCGUUUGGCGGCCCCAAAGCACCAGGAAACGGAAUCUGGAAAUGGGGGAAGUUCACACAGCCUAAACCUAACAUCGUCCAAUGGAACAAGUCGCCGGCCAACGAUGGUAUGAACGCGUGCGGGGGACUGAACGCCAUGACCAACAUGGCGGACGUAGACUGUGCAUCCAAACAGGGAUACCUCUGCAACAUAGAAAUCACAGCGGCGGGCGGAAAGUGCCAGGAUGGUUGGGUGCCGACGUCUACAGACUGCUACUUUAUCAGCAACACCAGCGACCUCUCCCAGCUGCUCUCAUGGAACGACGCCAAGGCGCGCUGUGUGAGCCUCGCCACCGGAAGUCACCUUCUCACCAUCGACGACCCGAACGACAGGGACUUUGUGAGCGUUCUUCCUGCCCUCUCAAACAACGUAAACGGCCCAAUUCUGUACUGGACGGGCCUCCAAUACCUGACCGGAAAAUGGCAAUGGUUCAACAGCGCCACUUUCAACCAAGCUUAUUUUCAAUGGGUCCAGGAGCCAGACAACGUGGCGAACAUGGAGAGCUGCGCCGUGGUCCGCCCAAACGGCAAGUUCAGCGACCGCUCCUGCUCCGUCAACCAAAAUUUUGUUUGCAAGAAACCACAGGCGUACGCGGACACGACUCUGAACAAUGGUUGCGGGUCGUGGAUCCGGGCGGGCCAGAAAUGUUACCAGUUCUUUUCCGACCCGAAGAAAACCUGGUCCGAUGCCAAGGCCAUGUGUCAGUCUUUCAACGGAGAUCUUAUCAACGUAAAAAAUCUCGACUUAAAGGUGUGGCUGCAGGAGCAGAUGAUGGACCCGAGCAACGAAAUGUCCAUGUGGACGGCCCUUAACGACCGAGACAAUGAGGGAAAAUUCGUCUGGUCAGAUGGCACACCGCUAGACCCUAACACUAUAGCAUGGAACUCGGAGCCAAACGACUACAAGGGGGACGAGGACUGCGGGACGAUCCACGCGGAUGGCACCUUCAACGAUCUCUCCUGCACUGCGUGGUUCGCCUCGCCGCUCUGUGAGCUAGACAACGUCCAGGGUUGUCCGAGAAAGGGCGGACAAUGGGUGUCGCGGAGCGCGGACAGCGGGGCCGGCUACGACUGCUACCUCUUCGGGAACUUCUCCUCAAUCGACGUACAGAUGACCUUCUCCGAGGCGCAGUCCUUCUGCCGCAGCCUGGCGCCCUCCGGAAACCAGAUCCCCCAGCUCUUUAUCCUCGACACUAAGGAGGAACAGCAAUUCAUCAACGAACAGUUGCGUGGUUUGACCGCUGACCCGUUCGUGGGUUUCUGGACCCAGCUCACAGACUCUGGUAACGAGGGGUACUGGACGUGGGGCGGGAACCAGCUAAUAGACACCAGUCUCGUGAACUGGGCUAAGGAGCCGUCCUCCCUUACGGCGGACACGGACUGUGCGCAGGUGUACUUCAGCGCCUACUUCCAGGUGCGAAGGUGCAGUGACAAGGAGGGUUUCAUCUGUGAGCGCUCCGCGCACCAGCCUUGGAAUAACUCGGCGUCGCCAUUUGCGGGGAGCUGGUUCACCAUGGUGAUUCUAUUGAUGGUCAUUGCAAUGGUAUAGGCGUACCCACUUGCUGGCAGAAUCUUUACCAAGAACAUGUGAAAAAUAACUCAUCUUGGUCCUUUACUUCAAUCAUUACCCAUAUUUAUGUGCAAUGUUUUAGUGUAUAUUUAUUUUCUUUUGUGUCGCAUGUUUUGGCAAAAAAGAGUGAAAUACGAUGUUGCCUUUUCCGGUCAAGAAUAACAUGACAUGACACGAC